CGGGAGAAGAAAGAGGAACAGCUCCAUUAACGGUGGUUGCUCAUUGACAACACCAUGAAAGAAGAUUACGAGAUUGAAGACAAAAAGCAAGCUGCUGCUGACGUAUUGUUUCAUUAUUCAAAAUUUGUGAUGGCAUGCAUUGGAAAUCAAGCUCGACCGUGCGAUUUGAGGUUACAUUUGAUGAAGGAGAUUUCGGGUUUGCCAACUUCUCUAAAUAGGGAAUCUCCACAAACUGCAGCAUCUCCUGAUGGAAUGGGUGAGUCAUCAAGCUCAGGAACUGCAAGACUAGAUAAAGCAGAUAGUUUUAGAGCACUAUAGUUGAGAGCGAAUGAUGACCAUGUUUUUUGCUUGGGGCUGUGCUACAUAGAAGAACUGUUCUCCAGCAUAAUGGUACACAAUUUGACAUAAUUAUGUUACCAAUUAUCAUCUAUGCAAUAAUGGCUCACAGACUGGUAUGUAACAUUGUUGCUAUUUCAUUUUAAAUUUGCUGUAGGAUGAGUGUGGUUCAACUUUGGUUCAUAUUAGAAGGUAAUGCAGUGUUGAUUCAAUUCAAGUUCUCAACUAGUUGAACCUCUGUCUUUCUAGGAUCUUGCAAGUUUGAAUUCAGAUUGUGUGCGCGUGGCUCACAUGAUGAAUGAAACUUACGUCAAAUUUGUCUUCUUUUGUCCAUAAAAAUUUGUGUAGUGAUAUUUUAUUGCAAAGUUGAUAAUCACGUGUAGCUAGGCACCAUUUGUUAUUUUCUUUUUGGCGAGAUAAAC